CGUGCGGCCGCGGCCUGAUAGAUAGAGAUCUUGAUUUCAAUCUUCCAUUUUGGACGUGGGCUUCGAAGAGAAAUGGUGGAUAAAGUCACUAAACGAAGUCGAAUACAGUCUAAAAAGUCCAUCAAACAUUUGUUGGAAAGGCAGAGGAGAGCGAGAAUUAACUACAGCCUCAGCGAACUAAAGAAUCUCGUUCUUUCAGCAAUUCAUCAAGGGAAUCCGCAAGUUGAUUUAAAUGGAACUGAGAAAAUGGAAAAAGCUGAAAUUCUGGAAUUGACGGUCAACUACAUUAAAGCGAUAAAAGGCCAUACUAACCCAGACUUGGACAUUACAGAAGUGUGGAAGAGUGAAGACAAGAAUUUCUUGAGAAAGCGCGGCAUGGGUUGUUACGAAUGUUAUGGAGAAGCUGAAAGGGCCAAAGUAAAGAAGCCAAAAAGGAGCGUCUCUCAUACUUACUUCCCUGCGUACGAAACUGGAGCGUUAUCUUCUGUCAAUUGCCACAUUGCGCAAUGCAGUCUAUGCAAUCCCUGUAUGGAUGGAAAGAUGUGCUCCUGGUAUGCAUCAGCAAUGUAUGGGGUCACGACUCCUCCACCAUCACCGUUAAUAGAUUGCAGCACCCCUUAUGAUGAGCGCACAGAAUGCUCUGCUACUAUGACUACAAGUCUGUCACCACACAGUGUUUGCACCACCGUGACUGGCCAGGUUUGGCGACCAUGGCUCAAGUAAAAUCUACUAACGCUAUUCAAUAGGAAUGAAAUAAUUAAAUAAACUAGAUUUAAAUGAUAAAAAAGGGAUUGUUGAAUAAUUAUAUUAAAUAGAUGAGAAUAUUUUUCUGUGUUUCUUUAGGAAAAAGUAUGCGCGCGAAGUUUGAAGACGCGCGCAGUUUGUGCAUUUCCGACAAAGUCGAUCCAUUGCAGCUUUGAGCGUGCUUAAAAUUGCAACUUAUUAGAUUCAUUCCACCAAAGGUGGCAACAAAUUAUUCUUCUAUUAUACACGUGCAUACUUGAUAAURAUCUAUCACUUCCGUAAAUGUAAAACAAAACCAAAAAAAUGUGUUGUUUGGUAGGUUAAAAACCGACAACGGUUUAAGUAAAAUUAAUGUAUUUUUUUGUACAU